CAGACCAGAGCAUCGCUUUUAGAGAAGAUACUUUUUUUUUUCCCUUUUUGGUGUCCCUGGUGCCAAAAACUAAAUUUGGGUUUGUGUCUAGGUUUUAUGACACAAGUAAUCACAUAAACUUUUCACAUGUUUUGCUUAAAACCAAACCAAAUCAUUGCAUUGAUUCUGGACUUCUUGAAUUGAGAGAAUUGAUAAGGUUUAUUUUAAUGCAUAUAUUUGAAGAAUUAAGAAAGAAGGCUUCCUCAGAGGUGUGCCUCACAAUUAUAUUCUUUAUUAUUAGAGACAAAAGAAGAAAGUUUAUAGCACUGGCAGUGAAAUUAUACUAGAGUAGAAGCAGAACCAAAUAAAGUUGCAAAAUCUAUCAAGUAAUUUAGGGAGAUUUCUCUUUGAAAAUUUAAAUUUUCUGGGAGUAAGUUACCAUAAGUACUGAUAUACGUUGGUUUUCUCUCUUCGAAUGAGUGACUAAAGAACAAUGCAAAUUUCAGACUUACUUAUUUAACAUAACCGUUUUUAGCCAUGGCAAACCUACAGACAAAUUUUUCCUUGGUUCAAGGCUCAAAUAAAAAACUGAAUGGGAUGGGAGAUGAUGGCGGCCCUCCAGUGAAAAAAAUGAUGACAGACAUUCACGCAAAUGGGAAAAUGAUGAUCAACAAGAUGCCAACAGUGAAGAAGGAACACUUGGAUGACUACGAAGUGCCAAUGGAAACUGAUGGGGAACAUGUGAAGCGAACCUGUGCCUCUGUGCCUGAACCCUUACAUUUAAAUCCCAGUUUGAAACACACUUUGGCGCAAUUCCAUUUAAGUAGUCAGAGCUCUCUGGGUGGACCAGCGGCAUUUUCUGCUCGGUAUUCCCAAGAAAGCAUGUCACCUACUGUAUUUCUGCCUCUUCCAUCUCCUCAGGUUCUUCCUGGCCCACUGCUCAUCCCUUCUGAUAGCUCCACAGAACUCACCCAGACUGUGUUGGAAGGGGAGUCUAUUUCUUGUUUUCAGGUUGGAGGAGAAAAGAGACUCUGUUUGCCCCAAGUCUUAAAUUCUGUUCUCCGAGAAUUUUCACUCCAGCAAAUAAAUACAGUGUGUGACGAAUUGUACAUCUAUUGUUCACGGUGUACCUCAGACCAGCUUCAUAUCUUAAAGGUCCUGGGAAUACUUCCAUUCAAUGCCCCAUCCUGUGGGCUGAUCACAUUAACUGAUGCACAAAGACUAUGUAAUGCUUUAUUGCGGCCACGCACUUUUCCUCAAAAUGGUAGUGUACUUCCUGCUAAAAACUCAUUGGCCCAGUUAAAGGAAACUGGCAGUGCCUUUGAAGUGGAACAUGAAUGCUUGGGCAAAUGUCAGGGUCUAUUUGCACCCCAGUUUUAUGUUCAGCCUGAUGCUCCAUGUAUUCAGUGUCUGGAAUGCUGUGGAAUGUUUGCGCCCCAGACAUUUGUGAUGCAUUCUCACAGAUCACCUGACAAAAGGACUUGCCACUGGGGCUUUGAGUCAGCCAAAUGGCAUUGCUAUCUUCAUGUGAACCAGAAAUACUUAGGGACACCUGAAGAAAAGAAACUGAAGAUAAUUUUAGAAGAAAUGAAGGAGAAAUUUAGCGUGAGAAAUGGAAAGAGAACUCAAUCCAAGAUAGAUACACCAUCAGGAAUGGAAUUACAAUCAUGGUACCCUGUUAUAAAGCAGGAAGGUGACCAUGUUUCUCAGACACAUUCAUUUUUACACCCCAGCUACUACUUAUACAUGUGUGAUAAAGUGGUUGCCCCAAAUGUGUCGAUUACUUCUGCUGUAUCCCAGUCUAAAGAGGUCACGAAGACAGAGGCAAGUAGAUCUAUACCAAGACAGUCAGAGAAGCCUCAUAGUAGUGGGAAACAUCAAAAAAUGGUGUCUUACCCAGAUGUCUCACUGGAGGAACAGGAGAAAAUGGAUUUAAAAACAAGUAGAGAAUUAUGUAGCCGUUUAGAUCCAUCAAUCUCAAAUAAUUCUACAAGUAAGAAGAAACCCGAGUCUACCACUUGCAGUUUCAUCAGAGACACAAGCAAGGCAGGAAUAGACCAUGAUACUGCAGCUUCAUCUCCACUUCUUGUCAAAGAUAUCAUCUGUGAGGAUGAUAAGGGAAAGAUCAUGGAAGAAGUAAUGAGAACUUAUGUAAAACAACAGGAAAAACUGAACUCAAUUUUGCAGAAGAAGCAACAACUUCAGAUGGAAGUUGAAAUGUUGAGUAGUUCAAAAGCUAUGAAGGAACUCACUGAAGAACAGCAAAAUUUGCAGAAAGAGCUUGAAUCUUUGCAGAAUGAACAUGCUCAUAGAAUGGAAGAAUUUUAUAUUGAACAGAAAGACUUAGAGAAAAAAUUAGAGCAGGUAAUGAAGCAAAAAUGUACCUGUGAUUCAAAUUUAGAAAAAGACAAAGAGGCUGAAUAUGCAGCACAGUUGGCAGAACUGAGACAGAGAUUGGACCAUGCUGAGGCUGAUAGGCAAGAACUCCAAGAUGAACUUCGACAGGAACGGGAGGCAAGACAGAAGUUAGAGAUGAUGAUAAAAGAGCUAAAGCUGCAAAUUUUGAAAUCAUCUAAGACUGUUAAAGAAUAGAAACCUUUAAAGAGAUUCAUCUGUGUAUUCCCAACAGGGUUUAUUUUUGUUUGUUUGCUUUGGUUAUUGAAAUCUGAGUAACUUGUCUGCAUGAAGAUUACUAGGCAUCCUAUCUAUUUGUAGAUCAGAAAAAGUGAAGAGAUUAUAUAUUAAUACAUAAAUUUUUACAUUUUCCAAAUGAAUGAAAAUGUAUGCUUCUUUGUACUUUUUUUUUUCAACCGGCUUAAAAACAGUACUAUAUGAUUUGAACUAUUAGAUAAUCUGCCUAUAUUUCUAAUGCAAAUUUAGCAGUUGUAUACUUUCUAAAAGCUGCAUUGUGUGAUGGAUAGUUGUGGUCAGUUUUGUUACCCAUAUUUCAGACUCAACUUUACGUACAAUGGUGGCUUCAUAUUUCAAAUAUAUAGAGCUACUGAAGGAGUUGAAUCUCCAUUUUUUUUCGUUAACAGUCUCCUUUCUAAAUUGAU